ACAUUAUACACAGCAUUGCUUUUCACUGGUGACAUGCUUGCUGUUUCAUUUCUUUGGCAGACCACAAGCAGGAAAGAAGGAGAUAAACCAAAGGAAAAAACAUCAAACUAAAGAGGUUACAACACCAUCCACCCAUAAUGAAUCUACUGUGGGGUGGUAGAUCAUCUCCCACAAGAGACAGGAUGCUCCACAGUUCGGUCACAGGUGACAUAGGUAUGAUCCAAUCUCUGCUAGCCCUCGAUCCAAACGUCCUUCAAUCGAAAAACUCACACGGUCUAAGCACCCUACAGCUCUCAAUCAUUAAUGGUCACUUUUGUCUCUCGGAGUAUCUAAUUCAUGCAGGGAUUGACGUAAAGUUAAAGGAUAACCAAGGCUGGACUGCACUCCAUGAUGCCUCACUCUACUCUUCUACUACACUUGUAGUGCUUCUGUUGCAAUAUGGCUCUGAUAUCUUGGCAAGGACGUCGAAAGGGGAAAUGGCGAUCGACGUUGCCGGUGACACACCCACAGAGAACCUCCUACUAAAGAAAAUGGAGGAGGCUGGGCACGGGGCGAUCGCUAAGCGAUACAGGUCCAUUUUCGAAGGCAUCAAAGAUGAUUCAUCGCACGAAAAUAAUGAAAAUAACGAAGGGUCAAGGAUCAAGGCAGAGAAAGGGGUGGACCUGGGGGUAUCGACAUCCAAUACAGGAGAAGAUUCAUGCUCAGUUAUGAAUAAUGGCUUCUCUCAUAGAGAGUCACCUGGGAGUUGUAAUUCCAAUUUUGCUCCUGGAGGUAGCUCCACCCACGCAGGGAUAAAUUACAAGCCUCGCCCACUAAUUACUGAGCACCGCUCCAGGUAUAAAACGUCUCUGAGCACAGUCCGUGAAGAAAAGUGUAAUCUUCUUGGAGAAGAAACUGACGAGGAAGAGGAGACCCUCCCAAUUUGUAAAGGAGAGGUUUCCAGUAGUCCUAAACGAGUAAAGAGCCCCGCUUUAAGGAGAAGGAGAGAAAGUAGAGACGAAACGUCUCGCACAGACUCUUUGGAUCAGUCUCGGAUGUUAGCUAGGAGUUGUACCGCUCCUGUCCUUACUCGCUCCUCAAGUGUAGAUCAGCUAGGAAGCAGCGGAGGGCUACCAAGAGCUUCUCUACUAACACAGCUACCAGGAUCUAACUACAGACCGUCUUCAGCAGGGAGCGCCAGCGACGAAAAUAUGCAUCUGACAGAGAACAGCAGCGGAAAGAGAGCAGGGCCUUGUGGUCGCUGUCUUGCUUGUACCAGUGGUAACAGCUCUGGUUGUUCGAGCGAGAGGGAAACCCCGAUAGAGUUGUUGAAAAUGCGACCAAGAAAGCCCUCCAUAGUCGACUUGUCGAGACGGAGAAGCAGUCGAGAGGAUUUGGGGGUUGGAGAAAGCAGAAGGUCUGUUAGCUUCCAGCCUGAAGUACUGCUGCAAGAACUGGUGACUGAGGGAGACGCUGAAGUAGUCAAAGAGAUGAUUUCCUCUGGCAUAGUUGAUGAUGUUAACAAGAUGAGUCCAGUAGGACUAACUGCAUUACAUCAAUCAGCCCUUGAUGGAAACUUGGAAUGUGCUCGUACGCUCAUCCUCAACGGAGCUGACGUGAACAGUCUCGACUCUGAUGGAUGGUCCCCACUACAUGCUGCAGCAGCCACUGGACAUUUGGACACUGUCAUGUUUCUAUUAAAUGCCGGAGCUAAUCCAAGUACGAAGAACGAUGCUGGACAGACGCCUUCAGAAGUAGCUAAGAAGAGCCACAUCAAGAGAUUGAUAUUGAGAGCAGCUGCUGGAAAGUCUUUGCUGGAAUCAGACCAUGAAAAAGACGGACAUUCUGAGGACGAGUUUUCAUCAGAAGGAGAGGAAGAGGAGGAUGAGGAGAGGUAUAGUCACGUUGAGUCCGACUCUGAAGAAGGAGAACUUUGUUUCUCGGACGAUAGUGAGAGCUCUUCUCCCUGGGGACGUAAAAUGUCACUAAACGGAAGACCAGGAACAGGCAGACGCUCGCCUCCAUUACACGAAUCUGUUGAUAGCGUAUUCUCUACUGAUGGACGAGCUCCUGCUACUAUCCUUUCCCCUACUUCUCUUUUGAAAGACCGUGAGUUAUCAGACAGUACCUCCAGCUAUGGCUCUAUGACUGAAACUGAUAACAUCUCACUAAGACAUCAAGUGGCGAGUUUCGAAUCAGACGCAUGCACAUCGAGUUUAAAAACCCUCUGUCCUUCAUCACCUCCACCCAACGAUGAGGACCUCUCCGAUACAGAUAGAGAGACGACCGAUCAAGGUUUUAGUACUAUGGACGUCUCUAGUGAUUGCUCAAACAGACGCCUGCAGUGUUCCGAUGACGAAGGUACUUCAAGAGACGUGCUAGACACUGAUCUGGUGCCAGGCGGAUUUGAUUACAAGUUUCAAGAAGCAGUGUUAAACGGCGACGUCGAUGCUUUACUCAAAUUGAUAAAAGUGAAGGCCCAAAUCGAUAUUAACCGAAUCAACAAGCAAUCAGGAAUCAGUGCGUUACAUCAUUCAGUGCUGGAGGAGAAUUAUACUUUAGUGAAGCACUUGGUCUCUGAUUUUAACUGUGAUAUUAACUUAAAAGACGUCGAAGGCUGGACUCCGUUACACGCUGCAAGUGCUGUGGGUUCGAUUCGAAUCGCUCAAUUUCUACUAGAAAACGGCGCCAAGGCCUCCGUCCUAAAUAAUAAUUGCGAGUUCCCUGUUGAUGUGACUGAUGAAGAAGGAAUGGCCGCUCUGUUAAAGAAGGCAAUGCUGGGUCCUCCAUUAAAGGGAUCACUGUACAACGCAGGUAGACGAGAGAAGGAGAGGCUUGUUUUAUAAUGAGGACUUAUAAUCUGUAAUUAUUAUUAUUAUUAGUGAAUUAUUAUUGUUGCUCUGGAUCAAUUCCCCUUUUCUGUUUGUUAUUUUUAUCUCUCAAGUAAAAGUGUUUAAUUUAUUAUUAUUUUUGUGUUUUUUUUUUCAUUGUGUUAUUAUUAUUGUCCCAAUCAAUCAACUUCACUUUUGUCAUUAUUGUUAUUAUUAUUUUGUCAAAUCUCACACACAUACACAAACACUACACUGCACUAUUGUUAUUAUCAUUAUUAAAAUACAAAACAUUUAUUUGAUUCUCAACACAAUUUAAAUCGAAA